UCCUUCCGCUUGCUCUUACUGAAUGCACCGGCCAUCUCUUCUUCUUCCUCUUCUUCUUCUUCUUUUUCUCCGCUCUUCUCUUUAGGAUAUUUUCCACCCCGUAUCCGUAUGUCCGUAUAUCUCUUCCGUAUCUCUCGUGUCUCCUCCACUUCACCUCGUUGUGCGUUUCUGCUUCUUGAGCAUGAGAGGAGUCGCUCUCUUUUCUGCCCUCCACCAGCAUGAGCCGAGCACAGGGAUCUCUCAGCGCAACUUUCGCACGGACGCAUUAAAUCGUCGUCCUGGAGCGCCGUUCUUCAUCACAGGAGAGAAGCAGAUUUAGGUCUCCAUAGAAUGGAGCGAGAAUGAACAGAGAGCGGCUGAAGGAAAAGCAUGAACUGGAGGGUCAUUGAGGUCACUUGCUUCCUGUUUCUAUGGAGUUUAGCAGUUGAGUCUUUGCGCCAGGAGCCGUCCGUCUCCGAGCAUCAUGUGCCCAAGCACUUCGACUGGCUCAUCUCCGACCGCGGCCCUUUCCACCACAGCAGGGCCUACCUCGCCUUCGUGGAGAGAUUCCGCCAAGGAUUUACGACCCGAUAUAAAAUUUAUAGGGAGUUUGCACGUUGGAAGGUGAGGAACACAGCCAUCGAGCGGCGGGAUUUGAUCAGCAAUCCUGUGCCCCUCAUGCCCGAGUUCCAGAGGAGCAUGAGGCUUCUGGGACGGCGUCCGUCCACACAGCACUUCAUCGACACCAUCAUCAAGAAAUAUGGCACUCACAUCCUCAUCUCGGCUACGCUUGGAGGUGAGGAGGCUCUCACCAUGUACAUGGCAAAGAACAAGCUGGACAGGAAGAUGGUGAACGCAACGCAGGGGGUGGAAGCGCUGCACCAGCUCGCCUCGUCUUACUUCAUCGACCGCGACGGCACCAUGCGCAAACUCCACGAGAUCCAGAUCUCCAGCAAUGCCAUCAAGGUAACGGAGACGAGGACCGGGCCUCUCGGUUGCAGCACCUACGAUAACCUGGACUCGGUGAGCUCGGUGCUGCUGCAGAGUCCAGAGAGCAAACUACACCUGCAAGGUCUCCAGGUGAUUCUUCCUGAGUACCUGCAGGAGAAGUUUGUGCAGUCCGCUUUAAGCUACAUCAUGUGCAACGGCGAGGGAGAGUAUGUGUGUCGCAGCAACCAGUGCAUCUGCCAGUGCGCUGAUGAAUUCCCACAAUGCAACUGUCCCACCACCGACCUGCAGAUCAUGGAGAACACGCUCCGGGGAAUGUCCGAGUCCUGGGCGGCUUCCUACAAGGACUUCGAAAACUCAGAUGAAUUCAAGUCGUUCCUAAAGCGUCUGCCCUCCACACACUUCCUGCCGGUGAGCAGUGUUCACUUGCUGUGGGGGAGCGACUGGGACCUGCAGGCUCGUUACCGGCUGCUUCAGAGCUCCCUCGAGGUCCUGAGGCUGAAGAUUCAGCGCACGGCACGUAAACUGUUCAGCCUUAGCAUCCGCUGUCAUCACAACCCCAACCAUCAGAUGCCCAGAGAGAGGUCUGUUCUGCAGUGGCUGAACCGAGUGCAGUCCUUCCUCUACUGCAACGAGAAUGGCUUCUGGGGCACCUUCUUGGAGAGCCAGCGCACGUGCGUUUGCCACACGGGCAUCACUUUGUGCCAGCGUCCUAUCCCGUGCGUGAUCGGCGGCAACAACAGCUGCGCCAUGUGCAGUUUGGCUAACAUAUCUCAGUGCGGCUCGUGCAACAAGGGCUACAAGCUGUACCGUGGGCGCUGCGAACCGCAAAACGUGGACUCGGAGCGUAGCGAGCAGUUCAUCAGUUUUGAGACGGAUCUGGACUUUCAGGACUUGGAGCUGAAGUACCUGUUGCAGAAGAUGGACUCGCGCUUGUACAUCCACACCACCUUCAUCAGCAACGAAGUGCGCCUGGAGACCUUCUUCGACCCGCGCUGGCGCAAACGCAUGUCUCUGACGUUGAAGAGCAACAAGAACCGCAUGGACUACCUGCACAUGAUGGUGGGCUUGUCCAUGAAGAUUUGUCAGAUGCGGAACAGCAGCAUGGACCCCAUGUUCUUUGUUUACGUCAACCCAUUCAGCGGAAGCCACUCAGAAGGAUGGAGCAUGCCGUUCGGUGAACAUGGGUACCCCCGCUGGGAGAAGGUCCGGCUCCAGAAUUCGCAAUGUUUUAACUGGACCCUGAUGUUGGGAAACCGCUGGAAGACCUUCUUUGAGACGGUGCACAUCUACCUGCGCAGUCGUGCCAAGGUGCCCACUGUCCUGCGCAACGACACUGGCCAUGGCCCCGUGGACCUCUCCGACCCCAACAAGCGGCAGAUCUAUAUAAAGAUCUCUGACAUCCAGGUGUUCGGCUACAGCUUGCGCUUCAACUCCGACCUUCUCCGGAGUGCCGUCCAGCAGGUUAACCAGUCCUACACGCAAGGGACGCAGUUUUACUCAUCCUCGUCCAUCAUGCUUCUGCUCCUGGAUAUCAGGGACAGGAUUAACCGCCUGGCCCCUCCGGCAGCACCUGGGAAACCCCAGCUAGACCUGUUCUCCUGUAUGCUCAAGCACCGACUCAAGCUAAACAACAGCGAGAUGAUCCGUGUCAAUCACGCAUUGGACAUGUACAACACGGAGAUCUUGAAACAGUCGGACCAUCUGACUACCAAACUUUGCUGAAAGUUAAACGCUAACAAAUGGAGCAAACUUGCCACAGAGCAACAUUCGGAGAGGACGUACAAUGAUUCUUUUUAUUUCCCUUUCCUUUGGGACUUUUUUGCUUUUUUUGAUGUACUAUUAACAACUUUGUAAGUGUAAUUGUUAAAUAAGAAACUAAAAAUACAGAGAUUAAGCCUUUUAGUUCACUGCUGAAGGAAGAAAAAAAUGAACAUGACUGUACCAUAUUUGUCCAAGCAUGUCUGUCACUUCCAAAUGGAUCAUUAAAAGAAAAGAAAAAAAAAUGACAAACAUAAAUAUAUAAAUAUAUAUUAAUAAAUUCAACAUCCGACGAUGACAAAGAGGCCUUGAUAUUACUCAGAGGGAACAAAGGUCCAUCUGAAACUGCCAUUCUUUACUGGGUAAGGUUUGUAGAGAAUUAGCAAAGCAGACAAGAUUUGAGAUUCUUUUAAUUUGAAGACUUUCAGCAUACAGAGCAUCUCGCUAGUCUUAGGUCUAUCCAGUUUAAAGACGACAGGAAGUCAUUAUCUGUAUAGCGUUCCUUCUUCCUCUGUUUAAUCGUCCCUCUGAGUGUGCUUGGCAUGAUACAAGGCAGAAAGGAAACAUUCUCCACUAAAACAGCUGUUUAUAGCUCCAGUUGUGUUGAUGCCUAACGCUAAUCGCUGCUUGCUAGUCGCUCACGUCAUUUGAGAAAGAGCGACCAAAGCUGAUCCUGAUUUAUUUUGCUUUGUGACCAAGAGCGAUUUGUCUGUGGUUUUGAAGGUGAGCAAUCAAUUCUAUUGAAAAAAAAAAAAGAAAGAAAGAAAAACAUCCUGCCUGAAACUUCUGUCAUGUCAAUGUUUUGCAAUUUUUUAUUUAUUUUUUUUCAUUUUGACUGAUUUUAUUCCGUUACACUUGCAAGAGAUGACAUAAAGCCAUAUUUCCCAGGGGAAUAAAAAUGAUAGGCUUGUACGCAUUUAUUUUGAGAAUGAUUUCCUAUACAUGAGUUUGUAUAGUAACGUAACGGUCCACGAUCACGAAGUACGAAGACGUCGGAUCGCUGCGGCGUUUUCCUGAAGCCAGAUGUGGAGUACAUGUGAAACGACGUCAUGUUGAGUUUAGCCUCGCAAACUCGCGACUGUACGAUGUAAGCUUCUUUUUUGGAACUGUUUCUUUUGUUUUUGUACAUUCGUAGUUCGGUUUCUGUCAAACUGAUUCCCAUGUCAUCCUUAAGAUCUCUUAAUUAGAAUUAUUAUUAUUAUUAUUAAUUGUUAAUUACCAUUCAGUCUUAUUAAGUGCCUGCUACCUAUCCCUUUAACCAUUUCCACAAAGGUUCCAUGGCAUUCUCUUUUCGUCCUCUUUUCUCGGAUCUUAUGUUUCUUCGUGCGUCAGUACUGAAAAGGGCAGACAGGAAGUUUUGUCCACAUCCUCUCUGUAUUCUGCAUGUAUUUAUAGGAGACUUGAGUCACCUCCUUUGCUGAAAACAUUUAAAGAUGUAUAUUAUGUGUAAAUAGCUUCAUUGCCUUGGUAUAGCCAUGAACAUGAAACUUGACAGCUUUCCUUAGGUCACCGCCAGUUUUUUCAGCCACGGCAACUCGAGCACAAGAUGACGGAUGGAUUGCGAGUCAUUGCGUUAAUUUAUUGAAGAAGAAGGAAAAAUCACCAGCCGGUGCCGAACGCCACCCUCACGACCUCCCUCACCCAUGCAUACAAGCACAUACACUGUCCUUUCGUACGCCUCUUACAGAACGAUGUAGAAUGUGUGACACGGGCACCGCAUCGCGAUACGCCACCUUGCGGUACUCCGCCUCGCGGUACGCCGCCUCGCCAUGGGUCUGAUCGGCAAACAGCUUUCACUACCUUGUCUAUGUAAUUUCUGCUGUUCUGUUGGAAAAAGAAAGAAAAAAAACUAUAAUCAGCUUUCUUCAAAUGAAUGUUUCAUAUAAUAAUCUAUUUCUCAUUAAAAAUGCUAUAUUUAAUACGAAGAGCCGUGCUUGUCUCUACCACUUCCAAGCAGCUUCUGCAUUAACAUCACUGAGGCAUGAGGGAUGAAUAUUUCAUCAUCAUUUUCCUUCCUUUUAUUUCCAGAACACUUUUCCUAAUUUCACAACAGAGGUUCAAAGUGUUCGAGCGCUACAAUCGUUUCCUUCGUCUGGACAAAAUCAGAGAAUUCAGACGCAAAUAUACAACUUUAUUUCGUUUAUAUUCAUUUUGUUUUGCUUAAUAGUUCAGAGUGUGUAAUACACAGUAUAUAAAUGUAUUCGUUAGCCAUUUUGACUAGCGAUAUCUAUUGAUAUUUUACAGAAAACACACCACGUCUUUAUACGCUGCGUUUAACGUCUUGUUAUCGUGGUUUUAAACCCCAAUUUUCCCCGAGUAGACGAUGGUGUAAUUCACACCCGUGAUGUAGAAGCAGUGUUACAGUGUUAACUAAUGAGAAACCAUGCUGUUAGACUGUUAUGGCUGGUCGCUUAGCAACAGAAACCCAAUCAGAAAGUCAGCAGCGUGUGUAAACCACAUAUCAUGUUAAAACCAGGAAGUAGCUGAACAUCACUGAACAAAAAUGGCUCGGUAGAUAGAAUCAGGAGACAAAACACACUGUGAACAUCACGGAAGUGCUCUCCGGAGCGAAGGGGAAAUACGGCACACCGAGAAAUUAGAGGAAGUCGGAUACGGACGAACAAACGGCUAGUCGACGUCACGACAAACUUAAAACGAGCAUAAAAACUGCAUAAAGCUGUGAAAGAUAACAGAACGUGCUCAGGUGCAGAAGCACAGACCUGAAGGUUUCUCCUCACUGAUGUAUGGGGGCAUAUGGUAGCCUAGUGGUUAACGUGUUGAGCUACCAAUCUGAAGGUUGUGAGUUCGGUUAAGGUGUGGUUAAGGUGUUGGGCUACCAAUCGGAAGGUUGUGAGUUCGAUCCCAGGUCCACCAAGUGUGAGACGUGACGUUAUUUAAAGAGGAGCUGGAUUUGUCCAAUCAGGACUGUCGAUGCACGAAUAUGCAAAUGAGAAGGAGUUUGCAGCAGGGUUUUAAUGUACAGAGUGAACCGAGGUCAGAUUCAUGAAGAGCCAGGAUUCAGUGUUAAGUAGGAGAAAGGAGGAGCAGUGUGAAACCUCUGACUACAUCAAGCCAGAAUUGUGUUCAGCAGAGUUUACACACAGAAAUAUUUCAGGUGUAAAAAGCUUUGUUUAGAUUACAAAUGAAUCAUGAUGUUUGUGAUUUAAUUUAUUUAUUACUUUAGUUGUUAAAAAAACAAACCAUAAAAACCCCUUGGCUGUGAUUCAUGAGCUACUGGGAUUGUAGGAAAUGGACCAUUAACAUAACUCUAUAUUAAUGAAUGUAUCUGAUGUCAGAGGAAAUAUUAUUUUAUUUUUAUUAUUUUUCUUUAUUUUUAGAAGUGAUUUUUUUGUGAAACCGACAGACUCUUAUUCCUGUUUUUUAUUGUCCACCUGCUGAUUCUGAACCCUGACCGGUUUCUUUGCUCGUCCACGUACGCACAGCCGAGCGUCCAGCUGUCACGACAUUUAUUAAAAACAAACCCGAACGCCGUCUCACACAGAUACUAAAGUCCACGUUGAGUACGUUAUAAAGCAUUAUUCGAUUCCCUGCACACGUCUUUCUCCA